UGUAUGUCAUUUCUCGUUUGAUUUUCGUGCUGCCGUUUAUUUUUUAAUUAUUUAGAGGUGCUUGAAUUAUUUUCAAUAUAAACAAAUGUGUUUAUUUUUGUGAUUAGUAAUUAUUGUUAAUCAGCUAUGGCGUUUGAAAGAGGUGCAUUAAUAGUAUUAGAAGGAUGCGAUCGCGCUGGGAAAUCAACACAAGUGAAAAUGCUCGUUCGAGCAUUGAACGAUCGUCUAAUUCGUGCAGAAGCAAUGUCUUUUCCAGAUAGAACAACGGCAAUAGGUUCAACAAUUAAUCAAUAUUUAUUAAACAAAACAGAAUUAGAGCCAGGUGCAAUUCACUUGCUUUUCUCGAAAAAUCGUUGGGAACGAGCCAGUGAUAUGAUAGAAUCUCUGAACUCUGGAAAAACGUUAAUAAUAGAUAGAUACGCUGCUUCUGGAGCAGCAUACGCGGCCGCGAACACCGGAGAAGAUCUGGAAUCGUGUAAGAAGCCAGACAUAGGACUUCCUCGUCCAGAUCUCGUGGCUUUUCUGCAUAUUGAGGAAGAAAAGCAAAAUCUUCGAGGUGGCUGGGGCGAGGAGAGGUUCGAAAAACAAGAAAUGCAACGAAAAGUAGCCGAUAAUUUCGAGAAACUUAAAGAGGACAAUUGGGAAGUGAUUGAUGCUGAACAAGACGUCGAGGAAGUCCAUAAACAGCUAAUGGAAGCUGUACUUAAAGUCAUAGAGCGAGUAAAACAUACGUCGAUUCAAGAACUUUACAAAAAAGAUUAGGAAAUGCCUUUCUUUACGCUUUUAAAGGGCAAGGUCAAACUAUUGGAGAAUUUUUGGUAUACAGUAUUUUAAAUAUUACACAUUUCUGAAUAAAUAAGAAAGAAUAAGUUUUUUUAAAAUAAUAUUUACGACAGGACGUCUACUCGUCUAAGAAACCUAGAAACCCUGGAAUUAUCAGGGAAUUUGUAUAUACCUGGAAAUGUCGGGGAAUUUUUUUACAUUUGAGAAAUUUGUUCGUCAGUGUUAUUAAUUUUUCUUCAAAUUGUAUUAUAACAUUAAAUAACAAUGUUUUUUUAUCAGUACAA